AUCUAUGUCACAAUGUUCGUGGAAACUUGACGAUUCUUGGAAAGUGAAACAAGCUAAAGCAGCAAUAUUUGAUAAGAAAGGACCAUCUCUUGAUAAUACUCUAAAGAGUUCAUAUGGUUAUUAUGCAUAUUUUAAUCCAGCAAAGAAAUCAACAGCAGGUGAAAUAGUUAGUCAGAUAGUCCCUGGUGAAGUAAAUUCUUACUGCUUUCAAAUGUGGUAUUAUUUGAAUAGUCCUGAACAAGUUUCUUUAACUAUGUUCCUGUUGCAAAAUAAAAAAUACAUUGGACCAUUAAUGCAAUUAAAAAAUAAUCAAAUUGGCGAUUGGCAGUUUGCAUCAUAUCAUAUAGACAUAAAUAUAAAUGCUUCUGUAGUUCUCAGAGCAAAAAAGAAAUCUAUUAAUAUUGGAGAUAUUGCUGUAGAUGAUUUGAUAAUAACUGAAGGAAAUUGCCCUGUUUCUUUAAUAAAUUCUGUUAUUGAUUGUUAUGAUAAGAUGAAAAAUGACUUAAAAGUUAUAUACAUACAGAUAUCCCUCAUAUAA